CUAGUAGGCCUACAACCUAUGCACCGCAGUCCGUCCACCAUGCGGGACAUGGCCCUGUCACAGUGGGACCAUGUCUGAAGAUCGGUGGUCCCAUGUUUGAAGACUGCUGUCCUUGGUCCCACUCCCAUGUCUGAAGAUGGGAGAUCCCGACGUGAGAGCCAGCCGCCCGCAGCUCGCUGCCCUCCGACGGCCCACAAUGCAACGCGAGGCUAGCGUGUUCCCAGUGUGCGGAGAAGAAAACAACAGCGUUAGCGCGCCUCCACAACAGGCUAGCGGCACGGCGACGAGCUACACGGACCGCGACGACGACCAGGACUCACCAAGGGACACGCGUUUGUCUCAAACGACCUAGUAUUAGUCAAAUGGUGCGAGUACUUUAAGUGUUGCGAACAUUAUCAAACCCCCGAGGACAUUUAAAAGCUUAUAUUUCGUGGGGAUUCGUAUUCGCAGGCUAGCUAGCUCGCUAGCUACCCGCGUCUCUAUGUUCGAGUCUGUUCCGACCGCGGCGGUGGCUGCAGCGGCGGUGCCAUGAACAGUGGACUCCCCGCUUCAGCUGCUCCGCUCGGAGGUGUCGCACUGCCCAACGUCAAGGUGAAGUUCUGCCGAUAUUACGCUAAAGACAAGACGUGCUUUUAUGGGGACGAGUGUCAAUUUUUACACGAAGAGACAUCCAUGGCAAGCAUGUCACUGCACGGUGGCGGCGGGAGCCCCGUCCCGUUAUCUAUGGCCGGUGGUGGAGCCGUGACGGCGGCGGGGUUUUCCCUCGCUGGUCCAGCGGCGGCCUGCCCAGGUGGCGCUGGAACCAAUGUCUCAAAAAAGAGCGAACCCAUGGGGCCUGCAGGCACGCCUCUGGACGGACAGUUAUUGACCAUCCCAGGGAUGGAGGGCGGAACCCUGACUGAUGCCAAUCUUACCAACUCUUACUUCAGCAGCAGCUUUAUUGGCGUCAAUGGGUUUGGAAGCCCGGCAGAAUCAAAGUACUCGAUGAUGCAGAGAAUGACCAGCAGCAGCAGCUCCCCCAGUCUCCUCAACGAUGGUGCCAAGAACUUCAGCCACAGUGCUCAAGAUCCGGUGUCUUCCCCUGCAUCCUCCCUCUUCAGUGAUUUCGGUGCUCUUAGCAUAUCACAACGGAGGAAGGCUCCAAACCCUACAGCGAGUGAGUUCAUUCCUAAGGGAGCGCCCCGUAUGGCCGCCAUGGCCAGCGCCCCCGCCUUCCCCUCCCCGCUUUUCCCCCACCCUGGGCUGGGCGGCUCCACCACGGCGGCCCUGGCUCCAGGGAUGUCUCUCUCAGCCGGCUCCUCCCCCCUCCAUUCCCCGAAGAUCACGCCCCAUACCUCGCCCGCCCCCCGCAGGCGGAGCCACACCCCCAAUCCUGCCAACUACAUGGGGCCCACGGCCGCAGCCGACCAGGGCCCUCACAUCAUCCAGAAGGAGACGGUGGGAGGCACCACCUACUUCUACACGGACAACACCCCCGCCCCCAUCAGUGGGAUGGUGUUUCCUAGUUACCACAUCUACCCCCCCACUGCGCCUCACGUAGCCUACAUGCAGCCCAAGGCCAACGCGCCCUCCUUCUUCAUGGCGGAUGAGCUCAGACAGGAGCUGAUAAACAGGCAUCUCAUUACCAUGGCCCAGAUUGACCAAUCAGAGAACCCAGGUGUUCCCUCUGAGGUGGACAGCUACCACAGCCUGUUUCCCCUGGAGCCCGUGCCCCCGCCCAACCGCAUGCAGAAGACCAGCAACUUCAGCUACAUCACGUCGUGUUACAAGGCCGUCAACAGCAAGGACGACCUGCCUUACUGCCUGAGGCGGAUACACGGUUUCCGUCUGGUGAACACAAAGUGCAUGAUGCUGGUUGACAUGUGGAAAAAGAUCCAGCACUCCAACGCCGUCACACUGAGGGAGGUCUUCACCACCAAGGCCUUUGGAGACCACUCGCUGGUCUUUUCCUAUGACUUCCACGCGGGUGCUGAGACCAUGUUCAGCCGGCACUUCAACGACCCCACCGCAGACUCCUACUUCACCAAGAGGAAGUGGGGUCAACACGAACCGCCGCCUCCCCGGCAGCACGCCGGCCUGCUCCCAGAGUCCCUGAUCUGGGCCUACAUCGUCCAGCUGAGCUCCGCCCUGCGCACCGUCCACACCGCCGGCCUGGCCUGCCGCGUCAUGGACCCCAGCAAGAUCCUCAUAACCGGCAAGACCAGGUUGCGGGUGAACUGUGUCGGCGUGUUUGAUGUCUUAACCUUCGAUAACAGUCAGACCAAUCACCUUGCCCUGAUGCCACAGUACCAGCAAGCAGACCUGAUCUCCCUUGGCAAGGUUGUGCUGGCGUUGGCGUGCAACUCUCUGGCGGGCAUUCAGAGGGAGAACCUGCAGAAGGCCAUGGAGCUGGUGUCCAUCAACUACUCCUCCGACCUCAAGAACCUCAUCCUGUACCUGCUGACGGAGCAGUCUCGCCUGCGAAGCGUGAAUGACAUCAUGCCCAUGAUAGGUGCCAGGUUCUACACACAGCUGGACGCCUCCCAAAUGCGCAAUGAUGUCAUCGAGGAGGACCUGGCUAAGGAAGUGCAGAACGGGCGUCUCUUCCGCCUGCUGGCCAAACUGGGCACCAUCAACGAGAGGCCAGAGUUUCAAAAGGACCCCUCGUGGUCUGAGACGGGCGACCGCUACCUGCUGAAGCUCUUCCGGGACCACCUGUUCCACCAGGUGACGGAGGCCGGGACGCCCUGGAUUGACCUCAGUCACAUCGUGUCCUGCCUCAACAAGCUCGACGCGGGCGUGCCAGAGAAGAUCAGCCUGGUGUCGCGCGACGAGAAGAGUGUGCUGGUAGUGACCUACUCCGACCUGAAGCGCUGCUUCGACAGCACCUUCCAGGAGCUGCAGGGGGCAGCCACCGGGCCCCUGUAGUGGCCCGACUCCUCCAGGCCCCCAGGGGCCCCCUGGUCCCGGAGCACACUGUUGCACUACGCUGGAUGACCCGCCUGGUGGGGAUGAACCAUCAGCGUGGCCAGGGAGGGGGGCGGGGUGCUGAACUCAGUCACAUACACUGACGCUGGCCGCCCGAGGCUUUUCUAAAGUGUCUUUUUUAGUUUCUUAAACCCCACAGCUGAGAAAUUUUGGAGAAACAAAAAAGGCAAAAAAAUUGGACACAUGUGGAAGCUGUGAUCAUGUACCUUUUCUUUGAUCCGGGGGAACAAACAUUGAGAAACAAACUUUGUGGUUUUGGACAUUUUUUCCUGCUUUUAUCGUUUGUUUCUAUAUUUGGGGUUUAUUUUCUGCAGAGGAUGCACUAAGGUUUUAAUUUUUUUGGUUGAAUCUCUUGGUUAUUUUUUAUGACAUGUGCGCGUGGCCUACAUGGUGAACAGACGGCUGGUUUAUGACACGGACAUCAACAUGAAAUGGAACAGAGGAUUUAGACAAGGACAAAAAUGGACAACCAAUCCAAUGCCAUCUUUCAACUGAUGGCAUCCCUCUUCCGACCAGGGGAACCACACCAAUGUUUUUGUGACGCACUAGGGCACGCCACUCAAUGGCUAUCAUGGGAGGGCGCUUUAUUUCCUUCAUUUUUAAGGGCCAACUGAUCCUCGUCCCGGCAGUUGGUUCCUUCCUCCUGAAGAAACGGGACAAACCACUGGACUGGGGGGGAGGCGGGGCAUGUUAGCAAACAUGGAUUUGAUUGCUUAGUUACAGUGAUGUGUGUGUGUGUGUGUGUGUGUGUGUGUGUGUGUGUGUGU